AAGCAAGAAAGCCAAAACUACAAAAAAAAAGAGAUUUAAUUUAAAUCUAAAAAAAAUUGGAUUUCAUAUAUAUAACGUCCCCAUUGGAUCAGCAAUAAGUUUGCGGGCUUCAAACGCUAAAAAUCAGUGUUCGAUUCCCCAUGGUAGACAACCUGUCGCAGUUGAUUUACUUACAUAAGUUUAGCCUCGAACGGAUUGGCCUUCGGUCUCAGACAAAGCACAGGUUGUGUACAAUUUACAAGAGAAGCCCACGCUUGGUACGGGUAGACACAGGUUGUAUACAAUUUACAAGAGAAGCAACCGCUUGGUACGGGUAGAUGCAGGUUGUAUACAAUUUACAAGAGAAGCAACCGCUUGGUACAGAUACUGAGGUAGGCGCAGGUUGUGUACAACUUAGAAGAGAAACACACGCUUGGUACAGGUAGUGAAGUAGCCUGAGAAAUCUACAAUGUUACGUCACCGAGAAAAAGACCAAAAUAAGUCUGUUGAUUCAAAGUUUUCUACCAGUAAAUUGAAUGAAAAUACCAAUAAAAAGGCAAAUAAUGGAUCUAUCCAUCACAUAAGAGGACUAAGAUUUUUCAAAAAAGUGGCAGUUUUAGUGUUUAUCAUUUAUGGCAUAGUACCACUGGCUUUUUAUGUCUCACCAUUCAUUAGAAGAUGCUUUAUCUUUGCUCAUCUGGUGAAUUAUCCUCCAUUCUUCUGGCUUUCUACUCCAGAAUAUUUUGGUUUGAACCAUGCAAGACACAUGAUGUUGAAUAAUGACAACAUUAAGCUUGGAGUGUGGCAUAUUCUUCCUAAAAGCCAGGCUAAGCGCUGGAAGAUUACACCAGAAUCUGUUGUUCAAGAGGACUUUAAAGAUAAGAGGCCAGUUUUCCUGUAUCUUCAUGGACAUUGUGAAAACAGGGGUGCAGGAUAUCGACUAAAUCUGUACAAAGUUCUUUCAGAGAGUAAAGUUGAUGGCCAUGUUGUAACCUUUGACUAUCGUGGAUAUGGUGAUUCGUCUGGAACACCUACUGCUUCAGGGGUAGUCAAUGACAGUAGAGCUGUGUAUUCUUGGAUUAGACACCAUGUAGACAAGAAGCGAAUCAUCAUCUGGGGUCACUCUUUAGGUACAGCUAUUGCUUUGAAGCUUGCUAAGGAACUUGCAAGGGAAGGGGAGCAUCCCAAAGCCAUUAUAUUAGAAUCUCCCUUCAACUCAAUUCGUGAAGCUGCCCAGAAUUACCCAUUGGGAACAGUUAUGAACUUUAUGCCUUACUUUCGUUCACUCAUCAUGGAACCUCUGAGGCAUGAGGAGACCAGUUUUGAAAGUGAUGAAAUAAUUGACCAGAUUGCUACACCAAUUCUUAUUGUUCAUUCUCCAAAUGACUGGCUAGUUCCAUAUCAUUUGGGAAAGAAGCUAUAUGAGAGGGCUCUUCUCAACAGACCAAGUAAUUAUGGGCCAGUACAGUUUAUUGAUAUAGACAAAACAGGAGAAAUUGGCUGUGGACACCGUUGGGUUAGUUGGGAUCCUGAUCUCCCCAAUAUUGUCAUAAAGUUUUUGAACUCAUUAAAGCUUAAAAACAAACUUAAUUAAUAUUCAGUUGGUAAAAAAUACUCGGUGUAACAGAUAUUUUGAGUUGAAAUUACAAAUUCAGAACAAUACCUGAAGUAUGCCUCAUUACAGCCAUAUGUACACGUAGCAAUCAGUAUAUUCUUACAAUGCAUGCUAAAAGAAUUAAUCAUUUGUUGGAAAAUUACAUUCUCUCUCUCCAUGAAUAAAAACAUUCAAACACAUAUAUAUGUAUAUCUUGGUUUGGUUUGAAACAGAGCAUAAUCUAAAGGUAAUUUCUGCAAAAGAAGCAAAAAGCUUACUUGGCAUACUUGAGAACUCUGUUUCCUCUCAAACUAAACAGCUUAUGUUGUAAAGACAGCACAAACAUAGAAGACAUAACUAUUUUAGUGUUUAAGCACAAAUUGUAAAAAAUACAUGAGACAUUAGAUAAUCAGUGUUGUCAAGUAAAUGCACAGAACCAUUAUGAAAACUUUUUUGUAUUUAAUUUAUGAUUAUUAAGAGAGAGAAAAGGAGUAAAGCAUAGACUAUUAAAAGAAAUACAGAAGAAGUUAUACUUGUUCUUCAAUGAUUGUGGUUUUGGUAUUCCACAAAUUACCCUUCACAUUAGGAUUUGAGUUAAUGUGAUAUAGCUUAUACAGUAUAAAAAUUAUGUACCUUUGGUAUCAUUAUUGAUGUUAAGACUAUAUCACAAAUAUUGGUUGUGAUUUAAAGUUUGUUAUAGCUUAUACAACAUAAAAAUGCUGUACCUUUGGUAUCACUGUUGAUGUUAAGACUAUAUCACAAAUAUUGGGUUGUGAUUUAAAAUUUGUUAAGACAGUUAAUAAUUAAGAAUAUUAUAUUAAAUAAAAGGCGCAAUAUAUCUGAUACCUUUUUUUCUUUUUUUCAACAACAGUAUUGAAUAUUUAAAAUUUAUUAAUAUUUUGAGAGUGUGUGCAGCUUUCACGUCUUUUCUUAUAAUUUAUUUAUAAUUUAAAGUUUUUAUAUUUUUAAUGAAGAACAAACACUCAUGAACAGAGUGGUACAAAAUUUGAAAUAUAUUCAUUGAAUAUUUAGGUAAUUUUUUAAAUUUUAAAAAUGUUUUUCUUUAUGUCAAAUAUAAAGAAAUUUGUGCACUGUUGUAGCUUUUUUAUAAAUUCCCCAAUUUAAAUAACAUGUACAUAGAAUGUCAUGUGCAUCAGAGAACAUCUGCUUUAUAUAUGCAGACCCAAAAUAAUCAUUGUUUUGUGAGAAAAAGUGGUGAUAAAUUCUUAAUUAUUCUUUAUUUCAAGAGAUGUUUAAACAUGUUCAUCAAUACUUAAUUAAUCAUUUUAUUAUUACUGCUUUAAUUCAUGAAAGUGUAUGUACUUCAUUGGUAAGUUAUCUACAUAAAAGACUAAGUUUUUGCCACCCUUUGAAAAAUUAUCCAUCACUUAAUAAUGUUAUGGUUUACAAAAUAUUCAGUAUUGAGUUUCUGAGUUUUUCAUCCCACAAUGAAAUGCUAAUGUCUGUAUGUCACAGAAAAUAUUAAAUUCGUUUAAUUAAAGCUUUUAAUAAUUGUUUCUGUGCACCUUUGUAUUUUUUCUGUUACAAUAAGAUAACACUAAUGUGUAAUUUAAAACAUAUUUGUUUAAAUGUGCAAACAUUUAUUAUUUCAUAAUGCUAUAAAUACCAAUUAUUUUCACACUUUGAUAAGCAUCAAGUAAAAAGAAAAUGAUUCUACCGGAGUAUUUAAAUCAAUCAAUUGUUCUUGAGGUCCAAUUGAAAUAUUUAAGGAGUCUAUUAUUCUUAUAAAACUACAUUAUUGUAGAAUUAGAGCAGCCUAAAGCUUUAUAUAAAGUAUUACUCUAUUAAAUAUAAUAUUUUUGUUCAGGAAUAUUUUAUAUUCCAAAUAUUUCAGUUUUAUAUAGUGUACAACUGAAUUUUUAUGUUAUUUUCAUUAACACUGUGCUGAACAGUAUAGAAGGCUCAUGUAAUUAUUCAAUUGUUUGAUGUGUCAAUAAA